GACGAGUCUCCUUACCUAACCGACGGGACGUCAAUCAAACCUCAAGCCCCGCCCACUCGCGAGGUCAACCCCGCAGACGAGAAGCAGUCUGGCAAGGAGUUUGAAGAACUGGGAAAACUUCUCAUACUUUUCCCAAUGGUGAAGGAAUUAUUGAUUCAAUGAAGAAAAGAUAAGUGAGGAUUACAUCAGGAAGGAAAGAACUUGCCGGGCCGACCGGUUUUUGAUUUGUGAACGAUUUGGUUCGAGAGAAAUCAUCGGCAGGAAGGGAGCAAAAUGAACGAAACCCCUGAGAAGUCUUGCCGUUGCAGCAUGCACCAACCUCUGCUUAAACCUCGGAAAAACAGACCAACUAGAGUAAUUUCAUACAAUUCAUAUAGCUUGCUUUGGAAAAAUUACGUUUGGUGUGCUGUGCUGACGUUGCUGCUCUGCGCGGUCACAGUCUCAGCGCAAUUUGAAAAUAUUAACCCAGAAUGUGCUGCCAGGUGCUCACAGUCAGGAUGUAGGUGUAUAGGAGAGAAAGGAUCCAGGGGUGCCCCUGGCCCCACAGGUCCAAUAGGAGAGCAGGGAUACCAGGGCAUGGAGGGCCCUCAGGGUCUAACAGGACCUAAGGGAGAGAAGGGAGACGCAGGAAGACAAGGCCCUACAGGACCUAAAGGUGAUAGGGGCAAGAUAGGAAUGCCAGGUUUCCCAGGAGUCAAUGGAAUUCCAGGUCUCCAUGGUUCUCAGGGUCCAAGAGGAAUUCCAGGGUUGGAUGGUUGUAAUGGCAGUAUGGGGGAGCCAGGUCUGCCUGGUCUUCCAGGAGAUGUUGGCCCAGAGGGUCCACCAGGAUUUCCAGGAGCCAGAGGACAGAAAGGUGAACCAGCCAUAGUGGACAGGGGAAUCAAAGGAGCUAAGGGUGAACCAGGAUAUGAUGGCCGACCUGGACCACCAGGUGCUUCAGGAUUAAAUGGUUCCCCAGGUAUGAAGGGAGAACAAGGACCACCAGGACCCCUGGGUCCUCCAGGAGUGAGGGGGCCACAAGGUGAUAAAGGUAACCCAGGUAUAGGAAGACAGGGACAGCCAGGGUUACCUGGGCCAGCUGGUUCACGAGGUCCCAAGGGAGACCCCGGAUCUUGUCCUUUCGUAUCCGGUAAUACCUCCAUGGUAGUGCCCAUAGUUGGACCAAAGGGAGAGGUGGGAAUGAAGGGAAUGAAGGGUGAGCCAGGACCUAUAGGAAAUGCAGGCUUUGAUGGUGCCAGUGGACUACCUGGUGUUCCAGGAACUAUUGGUAUGAAGGGAGAGAAGGGUGUUCCGGGACCAGCUGGACCUAGGGGUAAAGAAGGAGUGCCAGGAUUAGCAGGACAGCCAGGAUUCAAGGGUGACCGGGGAGAGGAUGGGUUCCCAGGGCGUCCAGGCCAGCCAGGAUUGAAGGGAGAUACCGGCCCCAGUGGCCCACGUGGCUAUAAAGGAAACCAAGGACCCCCAGGUCCCCCUGGCGGUAAAGGUAACUAUGGGCCCCCAGGUCCCCCAGGACCACAGGGCCCCAAGGGCCAACCAGGGCCUCCAGGUCUGCCAGGUCUGGAAGGAGUCCCGGGAAACAUUGGUAUGAAAGGGGAGAGUGGAGGGCCAGGUCUGCCCGGACCCCCAGGACCACAGGGAUUUGAUGGACCCAAGGGAGAAAAGGGAGAUAGAGGGCCUGGAGGUUUAUCAGGUCGGGAUGGUCUCCCUGGCACCCCAGGGCAGCCGGGAUCCAAGGGAGAACCAGGGAUGAAGGGAGAGCCAGGAGGGUCCAUACGGGGACAACCAGGGCGGGAUGGACUACCAGGACGCGAGGGACAGAAAGGUGACAAGGGAGAGAGGGGAUUUAAAGGCAACCAAGGCCCCCCUGGUAACACACCUGAAGGGUUCAGGGGUCCCCAGGGUGACCGUGGUCAGAAAGGUCAGCCAGGAGAUAGUGGACGCCCGGGUAGAGAUGGACUGCCUGGAAUACCUGGAGACAAAGGUGAAAGAGGUGGGAUAUGUGUCCCAGGGUUCAAGGGUGAGAAGGGGGGCCCAGGGUUGGAUGGUCUGCCAGGUCUACCAGGAGAGAGAGGACCUCAGGGAGACCCUGGGGUGGCUGGAGACAGAGGAGACGAUGGUUCACCAGGCCUGCCUGGGUUACAGGGAAAUCCAGGAGCCCCAGGUUUGGAUGGUCGACCAGGAGAUGUUGGACCUAAAGGUGACUCUGCUGUAGCCAUUACUGUCCCAGGCCCUCAAGGUCAGAAAGGCGAGCCAGGACCAGCAGGACCAGAGGGGCGUGUGGGUGCACCUGGUAACAGAGGGCAGCCAGGGGUACCUGGGAGAAAUGGGCUACCUGGCAUGAAGGGAGACCCCGGUCCACCAGGUCCAUUUGGCUUGGACGGUCGUCCAGGAGGACCAGGGGUGCCAGGCCAGCAGGGACCUAAGGGAGAACCAGGGUUCGGCCUCCCUGGCCAGAAGGGAGACAGUGGUAGAGACGGUGGUAAAGGAAACGCUGGGUUACCUGGACAGAAGGGAGCAAAGGGAGAAGCAGGUCCAGCUAAUAUAGUGACCAAGGGUGAGCGUGGAUUCCCGGGUCUCCCCGGACCCCAGGGACCCAAGGGAUUUGAUGGACUGCCAGGACGCAAUGGGGCACCAGGUGAGAAGGGCCAGCCAGGACUUGAUGGGCAGCCAGGACCCAAGGGUAACGCUGGGCUGCCAGGUCUGCCAGGAGAUCCAGGACCCAGAGGAUUAACUGGACAGCGUGGAGAGAAAGGAGAUUCAGGACUUCCAGGACUACCAGGAUCAGCAGGCCAGAAAGGAGAUCGAGGAUUCACAGGACUCACCGGGCCAAAAGGUGAGCAGGGUCCUGCUGGUCCAGUCAGCCAGUGUAUUAAGGGAGAGCCUGGUCUGCCAGGACAGCCAGGAGGUCCAGGUGAUCAGGGCUUAAUGGGAUUCCCAGGGAUGGAUGGUCAGCCAGGUUUGCCAGGUGCCCCGGGUCCUAAAGGAGACCGUGGUAUAGAUGGCCUGCCAGGCGAUUCUCUGGCCGGGGUGAAGGGUGAACCGGGUCGUCCAGGAGAACCAGGACUCAGAGGACAGCCUGGGGCUAAUGGACUGGAUGGACUGCCAGGUGCUGCUGGACCAAAAGGUGAGGCCGGUCUUCCUGGUCUACCAGGUCAACCCGGCCGAGAUGGACCUAAAGGGGACGUUGGACCUCCAGGACUCCCUGGUCUGCCGGGACUGGAGGGUCCAGCUGGACAACCUGGCAGACCUGGGGCAGACGGACUACCUGGAGGACCAGGUCCCAAAGGUGCUAUGGGCAUGUUAGGAUUCCCAGGAGCUGACGGCCCCCCUGGACCUCCAGGACCCUCAGGACUACCAGGAAUGAAGGGAGCCGUAGGAGGACCAGGGUUGCCAGGGUUACCAGGCCUGGACGGACCUAGAGGACCAAAAGGUGGCCCUGGUUUUGACGGCAACCCUGGGGCCAAGGGUCAGCCUGGACAACCAGGAUUUCCAGGUUCAAAAGGAGAUGCAGGGUUACCUGGACAACCAGGUCUCCCAGGAGACAGGGGCAACCCAGGUCUGCCAGGUGUCCCAGGACCAAAGGGCAAUGCAGGAGAGCCAGGUAUUGGUCUACCUGGACAGAGAGGUUUACCUGGUGAUCCUGGUUUGGAUGGUUUACCUGGACAGAAUGGUCCACCUGGCCCUAAAGGUGGAGAUGGUCUACCAGGCUUCCCUGGCAUGAAGGGAGACAGGGGCUUAAAUGGACUCCCAGGCAGCCCUGGACAACCUGGGGCUGAUGGACUGCCAGGAAUGAAAGGUGACCGUGGUCAGUCAGGCCUGCCAGGUCCCCCAGGACAGAAAGGUGAGGUGGGACCAGCGGGGCCCUCAGGUUUCCCUGGAGCCAAGGGUAAUGCGGGACAACCAGGACAACCUGGCCUAGAGGGAGCUCAGGGACCACCGGGAGAGGACGGACUGCCUGGACAACCCGGACAACCAGGUCGAGACGGUCCCAAAGGUGACCGUGGCUUACCUGGCCUAGAGGGUAGACCAGGUACCCCAGGGGCCAAGGGAGACUCUGGACUGCCAGGGCUACCUGGUAACCCAGGUGCCAAGGGAGAGUCUGGAUUCCCAGGAUUGAAUGGAAGGCCUGGACCUAAGGGAGAGAAAGGCUUCACAGGACAGAGGGGACUUCCGGGACAACCUGGUGAUCCUGGGCGGGACUCUGUGGGACUGAAAGGUGAGGCAGGCCUUCCAGGUCUCCCAGGACUGGAUGGUCCAUCAGGUCCCAAGGGAGAGGCGGGACGCCCAGGUCUGGAUGGCCUCCCAGGGAUGAAAGGGACCCCAGGGAGGGAUGGACUGCCAGGACCUCAAGGGGAGAAGGGAGAGCCUGGGCUGAGAGGCAGUGAUGGUCUGCCGGGACAGCCGGGACUGGAGGGACCCCCAGGUCUGACUGGGUUACCAGGACCUAAGGGAGAGGCCGGCAACCCGGGACUGCCAGGUUUUGAUGGUCUGCCAGGACAACCAGGUCCACAGGGACUGCCAGGAAGAGAUGGUCAGCCAGGUGCAAAGGGAGAAAGUGGUCAACCUGGAGGGAAUGGUUUACCUGGAUUACCUGGGAUGCCAGGACCCAAGGGUGAUAUUGGCCCAGGAGGAAGAAAUGGACUUCCUGGAUUACCAGGUGCCCAGGGACCCCCAGGUUUCAAGGGAGAGCCGGGUCAGGCAGGACCACAGCCUCUGAGGGGAGACAAGGGAGAGCCAGGUCAGAGAGGGCUGGAUGGUCUCCCUGGAAUGAAGGGAGAGAGGGGACCAAGUGGUCUACCUGGACUACCAGGUCCCAAGGGCGCAUUUGGUUUGACAGGAGACAGAGGCUUGCCAGGACUCCCAGGAGCAGAAGGACGUCCAGGAGAAAGAGGACUACCAGGUUCUCCGGGUCUACCAGGAUUGCCAGGUGACAUUGGUCCCCCAGGACCUAAAGGAGAUUUGGGCCCCCCUGGACAAACCCUGCCCACUGGCUAUCUCCUGGUCAAGCACAGCCAGAGCACUAACAUCCCCAAGUGCCCCUUUGGCAACACCCAGUUGUGGGAGGGGUACAGUUUACUAUAUAUUGAAGGCAAUGAGAGGGCCCACAACCAGGAUUUAGGUUUCGCAGGCUCUUGUCUGCAGAGAUUCAGCACUAUGCCCUUCCUGUUCUGUAACAUCAACAACGUGUGCAAUUACGCCAGCAGAAACGACAAGUCCUACUGGCUGUCCACCAACGCCCCCAUCCCCAUGAUGCCUGUGAUGGAGGAUGACAUCAGGCCCUACAUCAGCAGGUGUGUUGUAUGUGAUGCACCCACCAAUGUGAUAGCUGUCCACAGCCAGGAUUUGAACGUGCCAAGGUGCCCUCAGGGAUGGAGCGAACUUUGGAUUGGGUAUAGCUUUGCAAUGCACACGGCAGCAGGAGCAGAAGGUGGCGGCCAGAGUCUGAUCAGUCCCGGCAGCUGUCUCGAGGACUUCCGUGCAACACCCUUCAUCGAGUGUAACGGUGCAAGAGGCACUUGUCAUUAUUUCGCUAACAAAUUCAGUUUCUGGCUGACAACUAUAGAUACUCAGUCUCAGUUCUCUGAUCCACAACCGCAAACUCUCAAAGCUGGCAAUUUACGAAGCCGGGUCAGCCGAUGCGCAGUCUGUCAGAGGAAUCCAUAGGGAUAACAACAUUCACCUACUUCUGCAUUUAUAUAUUUUCAAGUUUUUGAAGUCCUUUUUUUUCUAAUAACGUAAGGAUAUUAGAAACUGGUUUAAGAAUAGGCAGAACUACUCAUUUUGUACAAUGGAUUUUUCAAAAGCAUAUGAUAGUGUAUUUUCUAAUAGAUUUAACCACAUGUAGCAUUUGUAGAAUUUAGUAUUAUAGAAUAUACCCCAUAUACAGGUUCAGUGUAUUUUAUACAUAAGGCUUCAUGUAGAAAUAAAAUAUUACUGUUUUCAUGUUUUAAAGCCAGUUUAGAUAAUAAACUUAAGGUGCUGUGUUAUAUUCAAGCAUAUUGCUCAAGUUCAAACUUCUUAAACUGUCAAACUCUGUGAAAAUCCCUCCAACUGAUUGGGAGCAGAGUUACACACAUGAGGUCCCCAUUAUCUUACAAUAUUAGGAUCAAGUGUUCAAGAUAUAAUGUAUUUAAAUCCUGGAGUUGUUUUGUUUUGUUUAACUUAACAAAGCCGGGCUACGCUUCCACACAAACUUACCCAAGCAGUAUUCUUACUCUGCAGUCAGUCAGUUGACACUUUAUCACUGCCCAGAUCACAGCUAAAGUCAAGGUGAAGGUCAGGUGAAGUUGGAAGUUGUUUUUUUUUUUAUUUCCAAGAUUUGGAAAAAAAUGUUAAUGAAACUGCUUGGCACUUGUGAUACCUCAGGAAUUUUAAUGUUAUUGAAGCUGAUUGCGUUUUUUCUGGAGGUUUAUCUACAAAGCAAAAGCAAGAGCAUGACCUUCAUAUUUGACCUUGACCUAUGACCUUGCCUGUGACAGGUCGUUCAAGGUCACCUUGCACCAUCCAACUUUGUAUAUAAAUGUUGUUAAUCACUUAAUUCUCAUAAUGAAGACGUUCACACAGCAGCUGCCUUUCCCAGAUUGCUUUCUUUGUAAUAUGAAUGUAUAUUUUAUAUUUAACUCACUUUUGCAUGAUGAUGUAUAGUUAUUUUAGGGAAUACAUAAUGAAGUGCUUGAAUGAAAUGCAGUCAUAUUUACAUUACUCUUAUACAUUUUCUAGUCAUACCAAAAAUUUAUGGGUGCCUUUUUUCUUUUUGCAAUUAAGUUUUUGUUAAAAGGUAAAAAUUAUGAAAGAAUAUUAUCCAAGUACUGUUAUAAUGAUGUGAUGAUUAUUAUGUGGUUUUAGGUUGUAUAUAAAACGUGUUUAGCAAAAUGCUUGUUUAUAUUCGUGAUAGAUGUAACAAGGCAAAAUUGUUCAUAUGAAUCUAAUACAAUGACAAUCACUAGUAUAACACAGAUAUCCAUGCCCCAAUGGGAUACUUCUAUGAUUACUUUUUUUCUUAACAUUUUUUCAGAUGAUAGAAGGUCUAGCCAAUAUGUAAAGCACUACUGUUGGUUUUUAAGUUAAUAUAACCUCAUGGCAUAAAAAAACUGAAGAUAUAAAUUAAGUAAAUUGUGUGAAUUCACAAUGAAAAUUUGUUUGGGAAAAAGAUUAUAAAAAUUGUUUUAAGUGAAUAGAUUCCAGAAAAAUUGGAAAAACAUACUUAUAUUAAACCACAUUAGUUAGCACUUCUCAGUAAUGAUAAUAACUAUGCAAUAUUUGUAACAAGAGAACUAUUUUAUCUUGUUAGAUAUGUGGUAAAUUUUCCAACAGCCUAUCACUGCCAUUUGUUGGACACUAAGAAUACUGAAGGUGGGGCUAAUGCCAAGAUGAGACAUAUCUGUGUUGAAGCACAUUUGUAGAAUCCUGAUGAAGCUACAAUAAAUGUUGACUUU